GAGACUUCCUUCUAUCACGUGACGGCAAACAUGGAGGUACAUGGUUUACUUUCGGUUUGCUUUCUGCAUUUUAUUCUGUGUAAUUUUGUACAUUCUUUAUUGGUUAAUGUGCAUGUGGAUGUGAGUAAACCAUUAGGUAAAAUAACAAAGAAUUUUGUUGGAGUUACGAUGAAUAGUACGUACGUAAAAGAAAACUGGAAAUAUUUUAAUCUCAAGUCAGUAAAGAUACAGAGAUUAGCUGCUGGACUUUCACCCUCCUACCUAAGGGUCGGGGGAACAGAUGCCGAUUUUGUUAUAUUUACUGGAAGGGAGGUUAACACAGAUGAAAACAUUAGGAAGUUUGAUCCAAUAAAUUUCACAAUGUCAGAGACCUCCUGGGAUAGCAUUCACAGAUUUACACAGAAGGUUGGAUGGACACUGAUUUUUGAUCUGAAUUCUCUGUACCGUACUGAUGGUGUCUGGAAUUCCUCAAACGCUGAGGUUUUAAUCAAGUACUCAAUCAAGAAAAACUACUCAAUGGCAGGAUGGGAGCUUGGGAAUGAGCCUGGUGAGUAUUUGAGGAAGUUUGGAGUCCACUUGACUGUCCAGCAACUUGUAAAAGAUUAUCAGAAAUUAUCUAGCAUUCUCUCCCAGGCCCCACCCAAUAUCAGAGGUCGCAUUCUAAUAGGUCCAAGUACCAUACCGCUUGUCCAGUCUCGAGUUGUGCAGUUCUUCAAUGAAUUUUUACGUCUUGGUGGCAGUGCAGUCGUGUCUUCACCGAACUUCCACCAUUACUAUAUGGAUGAAGCCACUGCUUCUGUACAGAACUUUGUGGAUCCAGAUGUUCUGGAUGGGCUCCAGGUAGAAAUCAACCAGGGUAAUGACGCAACCAGAAAAUUCACCCAUGGCAAACAACUGUGGAUAGGGGAGACCAGUUCUGCCUGGAAUGGGGGAGCCAAGGGGCUGUCAGAUGGAUAUGUGGCAGCGUUCAUGUGGCUGGAUAAACUUGGUCUUGCUGCAAAAAAUAAUGUUGGUGCUGUAAUACGCCAGACAUUUUACGGCGCUAACUAUGGACUCAUAGACCAUGUGACAAUGGAGCCUAACCCCGAUUACUGGUUGACCUACAUUUACAAAAAGUUAGUGGGGGACUAUGUUUUCCAGACGGAUUCAUCAGAUAGGAGGAGAAGAGUGAGAUUCUAUGCUCACUGUGCUGCUGAGGGAUUUCCCCCAGGGAGCCUUGCUGUAUAUGGAAUGAAUUUGUACAGCUCCAAUGUAACACUAAAGCUGACCGGGGUGUUAGAUACCUCAGAUAUGAAGGUCUACCUUAUGUCAGCACCCAACCAGAAUCUCCAGUCUAAAUUAGUUUGUUUAAAUGGUGAUGUGUUGAAGAUGACCGCGGAUGACCGCUUGCCAGACAUCACUCCUGUCUCUAUGAAUGACUCAGUAGAAAUGCCACCGUAUUCCUAUGUGUUUAUUAUUUUAACAAGAGCUAAUGUCAAUCAGUGUACGAGGUAACAAAUAUCGUCUCUCCCUGUAUCGGUCAUUAAUGUUUUGUCCCUUUCAUCAAUUACUGGUCUUCACUAUUCACUAUCAUAGUUAACCCUCUAGUUAAGGAUCCUGACAUCAAUCAUACAGAGUCCUCUUAUUCAGAAAAUGGACCAAUCAUCACAAGUAUUGAUUCAUUCAUUAUCUCCUGUACUGUUAAUAAGCUUAUCAUGUAUAAGCUUUUUGUUUUUCUCUGCAUUGCUUAAAUAUUUUGUCAUUAUCAGUAGGCAUCAUAAAUUAUUUCACAGGUGCCAUUUUAACUUUUAGAAUUUUAUAUAUAAUGUUCAAUUUGUUUGAACUUUUAUCUAUAAAAUAUACGAUGUUUCCGUAUGGAGUACAAAUCAUGUUGAGCUACUUUGAGAUUUCUCCAAUCGGAGUGUAUACAUAUUACUUGUUUUCGAGCUGUUUUUAUAUAUUAUAUUCAUAGUCUGACACUACGAAUCAUAUCACCUAUAUUGUGUUGUACGUGCCAUAUAUAUAGGGUUAGGCCCUGUGUUGUUUUUCACCAUGCCUUGCCAUGUACAUGUACAUAUGACCGAGGAACACAUCGUCUCUCUCCGUCACUCAUCGUCCUUUUGUCUCCGUUACCCUGGUAACAUCAAAACUCACUCAAGAUACAUAUCAGACAGGGUAAAAUCAAUUAGCUCACACUACUACUCUCACCAAAGUGUACAUGUUCGACAUUAUUUUUUAAUCAAUUUGGACCCUUUUUAAAGCGCUAAGCAUAGCUGCAGCGCUUUUUUGUCGCCAGAUUUCUGAUCCUACUUCCACUUUCGAUUUCGCAUUUCCGAAAUACCGCCACCUAUCGGCGGAUGCUAGAGAAGUCGUACCCUGGAGAAGUCGUACUCGGGAGAACUCAUAACUAUGCAGUAGAAAAAACAUAUCUCCAAGUUAUCCUGCAUGCAGACACAUUUGUUCUAUCAGUAUUAAAUUGGGAAUAAAUUCAUUUAAUGAAUAUUAUUAUUAUAUAUCGGAUAUGGGUGCUCCAAAAGAUAUCACAUUCAUGAUGAUUUCUUUCCAGUUAGAAUUUUUUGGGAAAAAAUGGGUGUUAUAUGCAUUUGAUUGUGUAUUAGGUGUUAAGCAAUAAUUGGAAUAACUUAGCAAAAACACAUGUGCGUCCAUCAAGGCGUGAGAGUUUGUUACGUCGAAGUUACACGUGUGCUUGAAAAGCACAAGACCAUAAGUCAAGAACUUUUCAUUCACCCUCCCCUAAAAAAGACAACAUGCAUAAAAAAUUCAAAUGAUCUUGCAUUAUUACAAAACUUUGAUAGUCAGACACCUUACACGUGCUCUUUCAUUACAUUAAAGGUUAUCCCUUGUCGCAAGUGGAAAUGACCCAAAUUCGAAGGAAAAAUCGGAAAUUAUAUUUCCUCAGCCCUGUUUUGAUGUGACCUAAGAUAAAAAUCUGUUGUGACAUUUGGAUCGGCGUCCAUGACAACACCCUUUAAAUUAAACUUGUUGAAACACGCUACUUUUUACGUAUGAUAAGAUGUGAGCUAGAGACUUAAUGCAAUUUAUUGAUAUACCCUAAAAUAUACCGCAGAAGAAACUACUUUCUUUCCGGCUUAGCGCUUUCCAGUACUUUCAGUACUUUGAUUAACUUUGGUCUUUGCUUUCUUUUCCAAUUAUUGUUACCAAGCUUCGUUUAGUUAUAAACACCUCCCUUCUGUCACCAUGUUUUGUAAUGUCAAUCUGUUUUCUUGCAACAGUACACAUGUAUUCUCCAAAGCCGGGUCAAUUAUGUCAUAAAUAUUUUAAUAUUAUUGUACUUUUUUAUGUCUUGAAUAAUAAUGAAAUAUACAUGAUGGAUAUCAAACUUCAAAGUGUCAA